CUCGUUUGCCUUUCUGGAACCGGAAGUCCCAAUUGAAUAAUGCCUACCGAAUCCCCGCCGGCAAUGCUAGCAUGUCUUUUAAGUUCCUAUUUCCACUCGCUUUCAAUUCGCCUUGUUUCUGUGCCCUGCUGUUGUCCGUCUCCGACUUAACAGCAUCUUCACUCGUUUGAAUUGCUGGUAGAUGCGGCGACUCACCAUGUCCGCCGUUUGCUCACCCUAGUCUUGACCACGCUCCUCUACCUCCAACAGUCCGACCCAUGUUCGUUCCCUUCGACUACAACAUAUGCGCUCGCGAAUUGGCCUCUAUCAGUACCCUGUGAACUCGCCCAAAGCGCGCGCGACACAGGUCAACCAUGAUCAGAAUGCGCUCCUCCUCCCUCCUGAAGUCCUCUGCUCUCCUGCUAAGCCUCCUGCGAUUUGUGUCGGCUCAGAGCAUCGUUCCGACGUCGUCCUCCCCUCAAUUCCCCAGCUGCGCUGUCAAUUGUGCUGUCCUACUCCAAGCGCAGACCGCUUGUGUGCCCCCAGCUGUCCCGGCCACAAAUCAGAUCACAUACGAGAAUUGCUUCUGUCAGAGCAGUUUCCUCCAGGCACUGUACAGCACUCCAGACGCAAUCUGCACUGCCGAGUGCACGAGCGAGUCUGACAGAGCAUUGCUGCAAACAUGGUUCACAAGUUUCUGUCAACAGGUUGGUAGCGGUGUCGAUCCGUUGGAGUCCACGACCUCCAUCCUGCAGCCGAGCUCCACAACUGUCGUGACUAUCACGAGUUAUUCUACUCCUGCUCCGACAGCUACAAACACGGGGACAGGAAGCGCAUCUGCGCCUGCUCCCUCAUCACACCAGUCCUGGAUCGAUGGACAUUGGAAGUGGAUCCUCAUGCUUGGAAUUCUCACAGUGGGAUUCGCGCUUCUUACGUGGCUUGCCAUCUGGUUCAAGCGGCGACAGCAUAGGAAGAUUGAGGAACGGAGAGCGGCGGCUUCAGGAUUCCCACCAGCCGACGACCGGAGAGGGGGAGCCCGCUCGGCAACUCCAGAUAUCUGGGGUCCGCAUCAGCAUAUGCAUUAUACAAAAGGUUGGGAAUACCACAAUGACCCAGCCAUAAUGGGAGGCAGCGCGCUUGCUUCUUCCAACAACAAGCGUGACAGGAGAUCCAAGAGAGUCUCUUCUCAACGCAAACACCGGGACAUCCCCGAAAUGACCGAAGUCGUUGGCGGCAGACCACCCGCAUCAAGGCAGCACUCAUCAUCUAAGGGUAAAGACAGGGCGACAGAUGAAAUCUUGCCGGUUGAACCCGAAACGAGACACGCGGAUAGAAGCCGAAGCAGGAGCACAAAGCGAAGAGAUCUCGAUAGUGAUUCGGAAAGAAACCAAGUCGACUCGGAACACCAAAGACGGCUCCGCGAGGUCAGGGGAUCACGACGGAAGAAAGGUACGGACCAAACUUGAGGGUUCCGGCUAAUAAAGACGUGAUGGUAAUAUCGACGAAGCGUGAAGGCAUACACUCCGGGUUGUGAUGCAUUCUGACGGAUGGACGUGCAUCCGUGAAGCGGCAACAAUGUCGAUCUGGUUCUCGAGCAGGGUGUUGAGGUUUGUCUAUCUGGAUACUGUGUGACAUGAACAUUGGAUGCUGCGUAACGACGGACUUGUAGAAUGACGCUCUACGUGCUUUAUGUGCCCAAGUCAGAUGACGAUGAGAUAAGUAAUUUCUAUAAGAGGCUGUACAUACGACGGAUGACCACCGGCGGGAGGCCAGGAGGAACCACCAUAUAAUCUCACAAGGCACGGAGACUGAGAACUGGUAUUCUCAAGUACGACUGUAAUGCGGCGUGAGCACGAGUGAUGGUUACUCCAUCAACGGCUGGCAUAGCUCCUAUUCUGGACAAUAUGGCCAACGUCUCCGCAAAAAUACUCGAUUCGGCUAGUGUGGCCACAAUACGAACAAUAGAUCCU